UUUUUAUACCUAUGAUAUAUGUACAUCAGUGUUAUAUUUUAAUACUAAGUGAAAGUGAGUCGUGGUCCCGUGCUCGUAUUUGCAGUGUGUUCUUAUUUACCCGUAUUACUGGCGCCGUUCCUAUGGCUGUAUUAUUUAGUCCUGACAGUUAAAGCGCUCAAGGACUUUCCCGAGCGAACUCUCCGUAAAAUAACUGCUUACCCCGGCAAAACACCGUGACACAGCAAGCUCUCCCCGCAUUACCUGCGACUGAGCCCAGGAGAGUACCUGACACGAGAGGAAAGGGCUGUAAUUGUACUUGAAAAAAGGAAAGUGUGGGUUGUUAUGAUGUGCCCAGGGUACUGUAGCAACCGCCGCGUCGGAUCGCACUGAUCAGUGAAAACAGACAGCGCAAAUCUUAUCGCGUGUUCUCAAGGUAGACGGAAAACAAGUCGAGCGGCGGAGAGAAAUUCCCACCCCCGGUCAGGUUCACUUUCAUCCGCUCAUUUAUGGACAACGCGCGUAGUCUGCAAAUCUGACUUGAGCGCACGACGGAGCGGAAUAAAGCUCUGAUGAGCAGAAGGCUGUUUGCGUGCAUUUUCGGAAAACUUUUCUCGUUGACGUUGAAGAGCCGCCUAUGCGUCUCCGGCUGAGCGCACGUUUGAUUAUUUUUGCUUACACGCUCUUGCGCUGCGCAGCUCUUUCAUGUCUGUCUGACUGGAACUUUUUCAAGGAUUUCGUCGAUGAACUUGUUGCGGUGAGUCCCCUUUAAACCCUCACGGCCUGUGUUGUUUCAGUUUCUAGACUAUGGAGGUUCCGGUUGGACUCGGGGAGGCUUGCGAGUCCCCAGACGCAGUUUUUCACGGACCUUACCAAAGCGUUUUUCAAAGCGUGCGCGUCGCGAGAGCGAGCAACCCAGAGAGUUUGGACUUUUCUAGCUACAAGAAGUGCGGCUGCCUGCAGGAGACCGCGUCGAGGGAAAUGCGUUUGAGCAAGCUGUCCCACGGCAAAGGAAUACUAUGCUGUCUCGAGAAAGAGUGCGAGAGCGCGAGUUCAGUGAUGCAGGCUCCUUCGAGUCGUAUUCAUUUUCUCAAGAGUUCAACAGGAAGCAAAAGCGACUCGUCUCUGUCGUCUAGCGGCUCGGGCCGCGCAGACGCCACAGAAAGCAGCGGCAGUCGCGCAGGUUUCCUUCGAGGCGCUGAGAGGGGACAGAAGGGUUGCGGCGCGGCUGAAGUUCAUACGCGCGAGUUGUGCUCGGGCCGUGACGCAAGUGUGGCGAGUAGUAGUCGUGCGUGCACCACCAGCAGCAGCAGCGGCGGCGGCGGUGACAGCAGCAGCAGCAGUAGCAUCUCGGAGACAGCUCGAGAGCUGUGCAAAGCCGUGUCUGUGUCUUUGGGCUUAGCUAUGGAGUCCAGCGAACUGGGCGAGGUGGGACCGCAUCAAGCGCCGCCGCCCCUGACCACUGAAAGUAGUAGUGAGGAAAUCUAUUUGUUUGGAAUGCCUUUGCUCAACUGCUCAGUGAGCGAACGGGAGGCAGGAGGGAAAGACAGAGAGUACGUUCUCGCGGCGGGACGAGACAGAGACGCAGAGCUGCGAGGCAGUGACAAAGUGCUCGGGAUGUUUAAAAGUGACCUGGAGCAGCUAGCAGGUGAAGUGACGACCUUGCAGUGCAGCAGCGCGUCUCGAUCACACUUAACCGCGGAUGUGCAGGAGGUGCACGAGUUCGGCAGCCUGUCCGGGGACAUUGCCAACCUGAGUUCAGAAGGUACGGCAGCGACGACAGCACCGGAUAUGGACGCAACGCGAGCGGCUUCGUGCCAGUUCGAACAACUGUUGCCCGCGAGCAUGGCCCAUUUCGUGCAGCCGGAACUCGAAAACGGACCGAGCCAGAGCUUCGGGAAGCACUCGGAGAUGCCCGGCGAGUUCGCCGCCCCCGUGGAGGAUUACGUGAAUCUCUAUAAUGUCAAAAUCAAGUCAGAGAUGAUGCCCAGCGAACUGAAUGACACCUGGGCGUACCCGCAUAGGUACGCUGAGGACAGUAACGGACAGUACGGGCCUCCCAAACAGAGGAACCCUUACGCAUCUGGCCACGAAACGCAUUUUAUCUGUAACCCCUACGAGUACGGCCGAAGCGAGGCUCUGGUUCCGCGGGAGCGUCCUCCGCCCGAACAGUGGUACCCCGGCGGGAUGUUGACCCGUCCCCCUUACCCUAAUGUGCCCUGUCUGAAAAACGAGAUGGGCAAAUGGCUGGAUGUAACACCAUUUACGGAUGGCAGGUUUGAUGGAGGGAGGAGUGACAUUUUCCCAAUGGAGUUUUUCCUUCCUCCACAAAGGACAUGCCUGAUCUGCUCUGAUGAAGCAUCUGGAUGUCACUAUGGAGCCCUCACUUGUGGAAGCUGCAAAGUGUUCUUUAAGAGAGCUGCUGAGGGGAAGCAGAAGUAUCUCUGCGCUAGCAGGAAUGACUGUACCAUAGACAAACUGAGGAGGAAGAACUGCCCAUCUUGCCGUCUGAAGAAGUGUUUUGAGGCUGGGAUGACCCUGGGAGCCCGCAAGCUGAGGAAGAUCGGACAGAUGAAAGGUCCGGAGGAGGUCGGCCCCUCUCAUGGCCCAUCAGAGGCAGUCCAGUGCCUGUCGCCCAAGCCUAGCCUGACGUUCCACUCGCAGUUGAUCUUCCUGAACAUCCUGGAGGCCAUCGAGCCCGAGGUGGUCAACGCCGGCCAUGAUCACGCUCAACCUGACUCUGCAUCCGCUCUCCUCACCAGCCUUAACGAGUUGGGAGAGAGGCAACUUGUCAAGGUAGUGAAAUGGGCCAAAGGACUUCCAGGUUUCCGUAACCUGCAUGUGGAUGAUCAGAUGACAGUCAUACAACACACCUGGAUGGGAGUGAUGGUCUUUGCUCUGGGUUGGAGGUCCUACAAGAACGCCAACGCGCGGAUGCUGUACUUUGCGCCGGACCUGGUCUUCAAUGAUCGUAGGAUGCAUAUCUCCAGCAUGUACGAGCACUGUGUUCAGAUGAAGCACCUCUCGCAGGAGUUUGUGCUGCUGCAGGUCACACAGGAAGAGUUCCUCUGCAUGAAGGCCCUCCUCCUUUUCAGCAUCAUUCCAGUGGAGGGGCUGAAGAGUCAGAAGUAUUUUGAUGAGCUGCGUAUGACAUAUAUAAACGAGCUUGAUCGUUUAAUCAACUAUGGCAGGAAGACCAACUGCGCCAUGCGCUUCCAGCAGCUGACCCGACUGAUGGACUCACUGCAACCAAUUGUUCAGAAGUUGCACCAGUUCACCUUUGACCUCUUUGUCCAAGCUCGGUCUCUGCCCACAAAGGUCAGCUUUCCCGAAAUGAUUGCAGAAAUAAUCUCGGUCCAGGUGCCAAAGAUCCUCGCCGGCCUGUCUAAACCAAUCCUGUUUCACAAAUGACAAGACUACACCCCUGAACCCCUGAUCCAUACCAACCCCACCCAGGCCACAUGAGCCAGUCAGUACGGCCUAAUCUAGUUUGAUCCAGCCUAAACCAGCCUGUGACGCUUUUAAUCUGGACUCGAAUCGAGCGACGGGACUGAGAGAUACAGAUUUUUUUUUGAUUUUUCCAUUUUUUUUAGAAUUUCUCCCCCUCUCUCCCUCCCUUUCUAUAUCAGUCUCGUCUCUCUCCCCUUUUGAAAAAUGGUCCUGAAAAGUAGCGGGACCAUUACAUCAUUACAGUUGUCUAUCUUCUCCUCAGAGAUCAUUUGAGCUCAUUUUCUCAAACUGACAGCAUGGUGUGAAGCAGGUUUUGUUCUUUCUUUCGACCAGCAGUUAUCCUUCAAGAGUUACAGCGUGUUGCCUGGCGGACAGGUUGAAAAAAAUAUGACAAUGAAGUUUCAUCUGAGCCCUUAAUCAAAAAAAAAGGACAUUACGCAGAUCUCUCGGAGUCUGUGACCUGUCUCUAAUCUCUAUGCAUCGCAGGAUAAAAAGGGUUCAGUUAUUGUCCGUGACAGCAUGCAUAGAGAAAUACACCUGAACGUGACAAAAACCCGUGACAGAAUCGUUUGUGACUUUUACGCUCUUUUUAGUUAAGACAACACGCUACUAAAUACAGUAUUACAACAGUAUGGAAUUCAGUACAGCAGGAUGGCUAUCAGUCUCCUCCCUGCUUUAUUAGUUUAUUGAUUGUAAAACAAGUGCUUCAUUCAUUUCUUAUGAAAUGUGGAGGCUCUUCAUAAAAGCUUUUUAAAAGGCAUCAUUCAUUUGGGAUCAGACAAUUUGUGAGUUUUUAAUUCAAUCUGAAAAUCUAUCACCGUUGGGUUUUACCACUAAGAACGAAAGGACAGCACAAAAGAAAAAAAAGAAAGAAAGAGUUGCCUCCUCCAGACAGCAGACUUUUGUUAAGACGGUGCCCUCUUUUGCAACCUGGAUAUUUAAGUGCAGGUUUUAGGGUAUAUUGUUGACAGUUUGUACAUAGAACAUAAAUACAGCAACGCUUGGGUCAGCAUAGACGAUCUUCAAUUAUAUAUACGUAUAUCUAUAAAUCUAUGCAUGCUGUCUUCAUAUCAAUCCAUCAACAAAACAACAAACAAAUAAUUGCAUGCAAAAGCCCUAGAUAUUCAAACAAACCAAACUGCAUUUCCAGUAAGCUAAAUGGAUAUUGUUAGGAAACGGGAUUGUUUCCCAUAAAGCUCUUAUGAAGUUACUGUCUCUCUCUCUCUCUUUCACUGUCCUUAAUGGAAGAUUUGGCAAGGUAAUGUUCUUGUAUAUAUAUGUAAAAGUUAAGCGUGGUUCUUUUCAACCUUUCUAUGUGCUAAUGUAUGGAUGUAGUCAAUAGUUUUACAGUACAGUUUCUUCUCUUUCCUUUAUAGUAAGUGCCACUGAGGGAUUUGUAUUUCUCCGCGCUAGCAAUAAAUAAUCACAUGCUUAACACACUUUUAACGAGCUCUUUUAGAAUACCAAAACACGCUUCAAAUGGUGCACAGCUUUUAAAAAAAAGGAAAACAUAAAAAGAGCUAUGCGUAUGUGCUAACACGGGACAGUACUGUUAUUUCAUCAGAAACUCGUACCAAAUAUCUUAAUCACCAUCAACUGUCGCAAAUCAACGACAAGUGGUGCUAAAGCUCUCCUCUUUAUUCACGAGAGUGUUAACAAAAUGGUUCUCCCCAAAAACGAAUAGUGGCAUUUGCUCUCCUCAAGUCGUUCCAAACCUGUAUGAUUUCUUUCUUCUGUUCAACACACAAAAAAGCUAGCUGUUUGGUGACCAGCAUUCUUCAAAAUAUCAUAAAAAAGAGAAACUCAAGAAGUUUGGAACAACAUGAGGGUGAGGUAAUGAAGACAGAUGAUCGUUUUUGGGUUAGCUAUCGCUUUAAAAGACGAAAAAACAAGGCAUAUGUGUGUGUUUUUUACUCCGCUUUUGCUUCAAUUAAAGCAUUCUCUAUUUAUCUGUCAGAAAGGAACAUCUUUACUCGCUUUCCUCAUACUCCGGUGCAGCGCGUAUUUGCUAGACGUCGUGUCAACGUUUUUCCUCCGCACGCUCUCGGUUUCUAAAUGAUUGAAUAAUGCCUGCAGCGUUAUGUAUGUAGAUUACUCUUUAAAGAGCCCCAAAAUCGCGGCGCUGUGUUGUCUUUGUCAGGCCUGGGGUGACCUGGGGUGUACUUUCGGCAGAGCACGGAGUUUUCCGCCGAGUUAAAACGACGAGAUGUGGUUUAGCUGCUCGAGCUCUUGUCGCCGCGGAGCAUGUUGACGGUUUAAAUGUGCCAGGCAGAGAAUAGGCUGUCAGAGACAGCUCCUCUGAGCUGACAGCACCGAGCACCGCGCAAUUACACGCAGGUGUUUACCCAUUUAGACGGCCCAAAAGCACUCAUUAGAAUUUGCAGAACUCCAAACUGCACUUUUACCCUGCCAAAAAAGAGCUCAUGACUUUCCCCACAAACAUGCUGCGCUUUAGGACGGAGCCGAAGCCAAAAAAAAGUCUGAUCACAAAGUCGUUCAUUACCCGGCGGACUUUCGGAGAAGGGGAUUAGGGGUGAGGGGGACCUUGCAUGUGGUUCAUUCAUACUCGACUUUGCGAGAGACUCGCUCUCUCGCUGUCUUAUAAUUGUCUGUUUACAAUGGAAGGCUUGUAAUGUGCGACACUCAGAUGUAACACCUCGUUUGGCUCGUUCUGCGCUCGUGAACCGACUCGCGCUUGGAUGAUCCAUAAGCUGAUUUGUGACUUUCUUAACACUUCUCUUAUGAGCUAUGAUGUAGAAGUUUGCGUGUUGGUUUUCAAUUAAAGUCCUAGGAUUUUACUGUUACUGUGUGCGGUGUGGUCAACAAAUAGCAAAAGCAUAUGUGUAUGUUUAUAUGCGCUCUUGUAAAUCUGUUAGCAGGCUCUGCUUCGCUGCUCUUGCAAGGUACAAAAAAAGGGGAAGAAAGCAAUAAGGACAUUUUUUGGUGUCUUUUGCAAAAUAUUGAAUUUGGCCUGUGUUGAUGACAAAAAAAGGUUUGCUUGAAUCUUACCAAUGUUUCUGCUCUCACACGAACAAGAGAACCUAAAGUCUUAAUAACAGUCUGCAUGUCACCAGGAUGCUUCCUGUGGUUAUAAAUUGGUCUUUCAGUACAAAAGGGAGAAAAAAAGCUACGAUUUCUCACCGAUACAUUUUCCCCAGCAGUGAGGAAAGUCAUUUGGCUUUCCAGCGUGUGUAGUGCAAACUUAUCUUGACAUAAAGUUGUUGUAUAUGUUGAACUGAGAGCACCAACCACACUGGUUUACAGACACUAAACGUGCUAAUGAAACCAUAUGAAUCGUUUGCAGGCAGAGCUGUAUCUAUUUAUGUCCUGUUCCGGCUUUGUAAACCAUAUAAAAACUCCCAUGUAUGUAACAAUGACUUGGUUUUUUAAACUCUCUUUGCUGGCUGAUACGAGCUAUUACACGACUAAUCAUUAGCGAAUGCUUUUUUACAGCUUUUUUCUCUGGUGUGAAUAAUUCCUGUCUUUUCCUGGUGUUACGGGAUAUUUUUCGCUUUUCCAUAUGCAGACGGAGGAGCUAAAUAGUUUGGCUUUAUAUGACUAGAAGAGAAGACUCUGGCUUCUUAAACGAUGUUUGUUA